AUGGAUCCUGUCGUCCGUGAAGACAUUGAAGCCAGUGUUCGAGUCUUGAUGGACCAUCUGGAUAAGGGCUACUGUGUAUAUGGAUUUGGCGGAAGCGCAGAUUCUCGAACUGACCGGGUUGUCGCACUGCAAUCCGGGCUGCUCCAGCUGCUUCAAGCAGGAGUGUUGGUCAACUCGGAUAAAGGCAUAGACUCCCAAAACCAGAGAUCCUUUGACUCGCACGCCAUGCCUACCCCGUGGGUUAAAGCUAUGAUGUUGGUUCGGUGCAAUUCAAAUGCUCGAGGCCAUUCGGCUGUCUCGCUACCAGUGAUUGAGUCUCUGUCGCGACUUAUUGAGCACCGUAUAACGCCCGUGGUCCCUCUUAGGGGCUCAAUAUCAGCCUCGGGCGAUCUGAUACCUCUCUCGUACAUUGCAGCAGCUAUUGAGGGGAGCCCAGAUGUGUUCGUGCAAGUCCAGGAUUCGGAUCACUCAAGGAUCAUGAAUUCCCGAGAUGCACUACUUUCCGCGGGCCUGGACAUUCACAAACUGGGUCCUAAAGAGGGCUUAGGCCUUGUCAACGGUACUUCAGCUUCGGCUGCAUUGGCUAGUCUGGUGAUGUACGAAGCCCAUCAACUAGCUGUUUUGGUCCAGGCAAUUUCGGCCGUAUCUGUUGAGGCUCUCAUGGGCAACGCAGAAAGCUUCCACCCAUUCAUCUCUGCCGUCCGUCCACACGACGGGCAGAUAGAAUGCGCUCGGAAUGUGAUGACCUUCCUACAAGGCUCUCGUCUUGCUCAAAAUCUCGAACGAGGUUCGAAGAACCGCAACCGCGCAGGCCUGAUACAGGACCGUUAUGCAGUCCGCACUGUGCCCCAAUGGAUUGGCCCACAGCUUGAAGACCUUCUCCUUGCCCAUCAGCAAGUCACUGUCGAGCUCAAUUCCUCCUGCGACAACCCCUUGCUGGAUGUCAAAACCGACGACAUCUUCUACGGAGGCAACUUCCAAGCCGUCUCCAUUACCUCCGCCAUGGAAAAGGCUCGAACCUGCCUCCAGAUGUUCGGACGGCUGAUUUUUGCCCAAGCUACGGAGCUGGUCGACCCCAACCUCAAUAAUGGUCUACCGACGAACCUCGUCGCCGAUGACCCCAGCCUGUCCUUCACAAUGAAAGGCGUUGACAUCAGCAUGGCCUCCUACAUGGCUGAGCUCGCGUACCUCGCCAACCCCGUUAGCUCACACGUCCAGACGGCGGAGAUGCACAACCAGGCAGUCAACUCUAUGGCCUUCGUGUCCAGCCGCUACACUAUGCAGGCCGUGGAAAUCGUAUCUCUCAUGUGCGCCUGCAGUCUCUACAUCGGUUGCCAGGCACUGGACCUCCGUGUCCUUCAUCUGACAUACCUCGAGCGCUUGAAGCCACGGCUCCACACGCUCACCUCGCACACAUUCGUCGAUCACCUAUCAAAGACAGAUCUGUGCACUUUCAACGAAGCGUUGAGCGCACACAUUGAUAAGGCCUGGCCAACAACGACCCGUCUUAAAGUCUCCGACCGGAUUGAGAAGACCAUCUCAAGCGCCCUCCCCAUCCUCAUGGACACAUUCAGUGCGCACAAAAGCGAGCUCGUCACUUUCUCUACCAUUCAAACCUGGAAAUCCUGCGCAAUCACCCUCCUGGGCGAGAUAUACAACGACACCGCCGAUGCAUUCUUCACUUACCAACACACGGAGGAUAUGCUCGGUACCGGGUCGAAGAUCCUCUACCAGACGAUUCGGCGACAGUUGGGCGUCCCAUUUCACCAGGGGUUCGUGGAGCACCCGACUGCCGAGGAUGAUACUUUGAACGGCCGUCCGAAGAAAGCUAUUGGGUCUUGGAUAUCAGUCAUCUAUGAGGCGAUCCGCGAUGGGCGGCUGUUGGAUCCUCUCAUGCUAUCGCUUUGUGGGGGUGACUCGGGGGACUUGGAAGAUGCUGAUUUUUCGAAAAAAGGUGUGAGUACAAGGUGUUCUUCGAUCGGCUUGGACUAG